AUGUUUCUAGAAGACGAGGUUACUGUACCUAUCUACUAUGUAGUCUGUAUGGGCUCGGUAAUGUGUGGCAUGUUUGUCGUAUUUGCUGCGACGUAUUUUAAGAACCGAAGACAAUACGAACAAUUUGAUCUUGACUUACCACCAAGUGGCUAUGAUGACAUUAAGAAUGAUAAGAGAGUCAAUUGGCCGGUGGAGUCGAGGUUGAAGGAGGUGGUUACUGUGAACAACAUCCAGCCACAGACCAGUUUAAAGAGCAAGGUUAAGGAGGCUUUGCCGUGGAAGAGCAGUGUAAGUUAGAUAUUGUUAGUGUAGUAAAAAUUGGGUAAUAUACCAUUGAUGAAGCAGAUUACAGUACCUGACAAAAAUAAUACAGUACUAAACAAAAAAAAAUUUGGGUGUGAUCAUUUUUUUUUAAAUUGACCGAGGACACUGCAGUUGCUCAAGAUGUAUUUUGUUACAAAUAAUUUCAGUCUCAACACGUAAUCGACCAGUUGAAGCCAGAAAAAGUAGAGGAAUUCAGAGGAAGACUGAACUUUGCCAUCAGUUACAAUCACGAUUCAGAAACCAUGUAUCUUCACAUUCUAGAAGCCAUCGAUCUGCCUGUCAGAGAUCUCACUGGUAAGGUUUUAAAAUUUUUUAAAAUUUUUUUGAAACAAGAUUCGAUUUUUAAUUUUUUGAUAGGCUAAUUUGGUAGAUAGGGUCUAAUAAGGGCUUUGGCAAUAAAAGAUAUUAUUAUCGUUAUAUUACAGUAACUUUUCUUACUGAUGGUAAGACCAAAAACGUUUGUCUCUUAUCUAAGGCUAAGGCUAAAACUAAGGUUUGGCGGUUAUUUUUGGCCUAUUAAGAAGGGGGGGGGGGAUUAAAAUUUUUUUUGAUUUUGAAAAAACUUUUAUGUUGUCAGAUUUGUAAAGGCUAAUUAAUGCUAACCUAAGGUUAACGUUAAAGCUAUAAAUAAAGGCUUGAAACCUUUGUUCAAAGACGACAAGGCUCUAUUAAAAAUGUAGAACAAAUUGUAAAAUACGUAUAUUUAUUCCUGUUUUAUUCAUAUAGAACAUAGUGUUUUAAAUUAAAAUUUUAGAAAAGUAGAAGCUUGCAAUUUUUAAAAAACUUUAUUUUUAGGAAGCUCCGACCCCUACGUCAACUGCUGGUUACUGGAAGAGCCGGAGCAAUGUCAAAGAACUCGUGUUAUGCACAGGAACUUGAACCCCAAAUUCCAACAAAUUUUGAGCUUUCCAGGUUAG